AUCCAUCUAUAUGUCUAUAUAAUAGCCUUCAGCAUGGUUUCAAUAUAUUCUAUUUAUAGCAGAAGAACAUUUAUAGGUAGGUAUAAUAUAUGUAUAUGCAUAGACCAAUGGAUGGAAAGAAGCCUUAUUUGGUAGUUAUUUUGGUACAAUCCAUCUAUACUGGGAUGUUCUUGCUCUCAAAGGCCGCAUUCAAUGGUGGCAUGAACAACUUUGUCUUCGUCUUCUACAGACAAGCUGUGUCAACUAUUUUCUUAGCCCCAAUAGCUUUGGUUUUUGAAUGGAAAAAUGCGCCACCCUUGUGCUUCCGGACCUUCUUAAAGAUUUUUAUGCUGUCGUUAUUAGGGAUUACAUCGAGCUUGGAUUUGUAUGGUGUUGCCCUUGUUUAUACAUCGGCAACUUUAGCCGCUGCAACUACUAAUUGCCUCCCUGUCAUCACUUUCCUUUUGGCACUUGUAUACGGGAUGGAGAGUUUGAAAUUGAGAACAAAACCAGGGAUGGCGAAGUUGGCCGGGAUACUAGUUUGCUUGGCAGGAACAGCCACUCUAGCGUUUUACAAAGGACCUCAUUUCCAGCUCUUGUGCCACCAUCACCUUCACAAUAAUGUCCAUGUUUCUUCCGGAAAGUCAUGGAUAAAAGGUGUUUUUAUCAUGCUUACUUCCAACACCUUUUUCGGCUUGUGGCUCGUCUUACAGACGCGAGUUCUGAAAACCUACCCUUCGAUUCUUCUCUUCACAACUCUCCAGUGCCUUUCCAGCACUGUUCAGUCCUUUGUCGUCGCCAUUGCUUUUGUUAGAGAUCCUUAUGAGUGGAGGCUCGGGUGGAAUGUCAGACUUGUUGCCGUGGCUUAUUCUGGAGUUAUGGUGACUGGUGUUUCAUUCUACUUACAAUCAUGGGUGGUGGAGAAGAAGGGUCCAGUUUUCCUUGCCAUGUCAACUCCUUUGGCUCUGAUAUUCACAACCCUUUCUUCUGCCAUUCUCUUGUGCGAGAUCAUCAGUUUGGGCAGUAUUUUAGGUGGGAUUCUGUUGGUUGCUGGACUUUAUAGCGUUUUGUGGGCGAAGAGCAAAGAACAGAAAAUUAUUGAUACACAAAAUCAAUGCUUAGAAGCUGAUAAGGCUGGGGAUCAGGACUUGGAGCAAGCAUGCAAGUAGUAGUAGUUGUGGAAACUAAACAUAUAUAUUAUUUUGAAAUAUAUAUUGCAAUCCAAAUCAUAUAGUGCUAAUUACAAUACUUAUGUGAAAAUCCGAACAUUAAUUAUUGUUUUAA